AUGGACAGUCAAUUGAAAGAACUCGCUAUGGAACGCGGAAGAAUCAAGUCUGCCUUGACUCGCUUUAGGAAUUUUUUCGAUUCGUCCGCGAACACCACUAGUAUAGAAAUUCUCGAAAAACGUUUAAAAUUAAACGAACCCUUACACGACAAAUUUGAUGAAAUACAAUCGCGAAUAGAGACAUUAGCAGUAGGAUCGGAUAUUGAAACAAUUCAUGCAAAGGAACGGGAUGAAUUUGAAGUGGCGUACUUUGAAAUUAUUACGAGAGUCGAACAACAUAUUGCACAAUUCCGUAGAGCUAGAUCAACGCCAAUUUCAAGCUCGUCCUCGCCCGCGAUUAAGGAACCACCGAUCACGCCGCGAUUACCUACAAUAGUUUUACGCGAAUUCAAUGGGGAUUAUAACGAUUGGUUGCGUUUCCGUGACACAUUUGAGUCAUUAAUUCAUAAUAAUGAAACGCUAUCGGAUAUACAGCGAUUUCAUUAUUUGAAUUCUGCAUUGAAAGGACCCGCGGCUAGAGUCACACAAUCUUUGGGUGUUUCUGAGGCAAACUAUCGGAUUGCAUGGUUUGCUCUAAAAAAUAGAUUUGAAGACCUUAGGUCAUUAGUUCAUCACCAUACCAAUGCGUUAUUGGAUCUACCGAUCAUGCAAAAACAAACUAGUUCGAGUCUCCGAGAAUUCAUCGAUACGGCAAAUAACCACAUUCGUGCAUUGGGUGCUCUCGGUGAACCGGUUCAAACGUGGGAUACCUUGCUUAUUUCGAUCCUUAGCAAAAAAUUAGAUCCAUUCACGGCUAAAAAAUGGGAAGAACGCGUAGUCACUAUGCCAGGAAGGCUCAAGCUACACGAUUUAGUGGAUUUCCUUGAGCAGCAAUCAAAACUGCUCGAACACACAACAACCAAUCGACAACCAACCGUAAAUUUCCCAAAACUUACGAACAAAAUAGAUACCACUAAACCAAGAAUUAAAACUCAAUUCGGUGUAGCCUCUCACCUUGCAAGUACGCAAGUUCAAUGCAUAUUUUGCAAGGGAGAACAUUGGUUACAAUAUUGCGAUAAAUUGAAAGCGAUGCCUCACGCUCAAUUACACGACACCAUUAAACGGUUGCAAUGCUGCUUUAAUUGUCUGCAAUUGGGACAUAGCAUAAAAAAUUGUACACGCGGACAUUGUAGACGGUGUGGAAAAAAGCAUCAUACGCUUUUGCAUCGAGAUGAUGCUACUUCACAGACGCGCGAACCAUCUCACUUAGACUCUCAAGCAAUCGCUAGCACAUCUCAAGUACAAUCAUGUUUGUCAGGCUCAAAAACGCCCGCAAUAGAUUUCACGGUCCUCUCUACAGCAUUGAUACAUAUUGAAGAUUCAUUCGCGAAAAGUCACGAAUGUUGUGCAUUAUUAGACGCGGGCUCACAAGCCCAUUUUAUAACCGAGGAUUUGUGCAGUAAGCUAAGACUUCCAUUAAAAUCUACCGCGACGACCAUUGGCGGUGUCGGUAGAUCGAUUAACCCUAUUAACUCUCGGACAGAGGUAGUCAUACGGUCAGUGUGUAAUACUUUCAAAUCAAACUUGUCGUGUUUAGUGAUCGAAAAUAUAACCGAGAACAUGCCAAAUGUGCCGCUCAAUCGUUCAAAUAUUCCGAUACCUGACGGAAUCACAAUAGCCGACCCUCAUUUCAAUGAGCCAAAACGAAUCGACUUGUUAAUAGGUGCCGGACUUUUCUGGCAGCUAUUAUGCAUAGGCCAACACAAGGUUGGAAACGGAUUAGUAUGGCAGAAAACUCGCUUCGGUUGGGUGUUGGGAGGCAGCCUGAGCUGGCCAAUAAAUUAUCCGAUAGUCAACGUCAACACGUGUCAUAUCGCGAACGACGAAUUGCACCGGGCAAUUUCUAGAUUUUGGGAGAUAGAAGACGGGCACUCGAAUCAAUUAGAAGCCAGUAACCAUCUAGAAGACUCGGAACGACAUUUUACAGACACAACGAUACGCGACAAUAACGGGCGCUACGUAGUAGGGAUUCCAUUCAACGCGCAAGUUAAGGAACUCGGAGAAUCCAAGGCACAAGCGACAAAUCGCUUAAUGUCCAUAGAAAGAAAAUUCGCGAGACAGCCCGAAUUGUAUAGACAGUACGUAGACUUCAUGGACGAAUACGAAACCCUUGGACAUAUGACACGUGUUGAUGAAAAUUCGAAUAUUACAGAAAUAGAAUUGCACGGAUUUUCAGACGCGUCGGAGAAGGCAUAUGGCGCGUGUUUGUACCUACGAUCACUAGACAUCGAUAGUACUUGGACUGUCCGAUUGUUAUGUGCAAAAUCUCGAAUCGCUCCGUUAAAGAAGUCCACAACAGUGCCGCGAUUGGAACUUUGCGCGGCCCUUCUCCUCGCUCAAUUAGCAUCUAAGGUAAAAAAUGCUCUCCGCAUAGAGAUAGACAAGAAACACCGUUGGUCGGAUUCUAUGAUAGUUCUAGCAUGGAUUCAAAGUCAACCCUCUAGAUGGAAACCAUUCGUAGCCAAUCGCACAUCCGAAAUUCGAUACUUGACAAAUGCUGAGAGUUGGUCACAUGUAAUUUCCGAAGAAAAUCCCGCGGACGUAAUUUCGCGCGGUUCAAGUCCCCUUUUGCUAGCAGGUAACGAACUUUGGUGGUACGGGCCGAAAUGGUUAAUGCAGGAGGUCGAGCAAUGA